GGUGUAUUUUAAUGUCCCUGCGUUGCUUGGCCGGCAGCUCCUGCUUGUUUUACAAAUUUCUUUCGGCGGGUCAGCAGGGGCUUGGGAUUGGGUUGCAGAGGACGAGCGCCACCAUGUCUUACCGUCCUAACUACCAAGGUGGUCGCCGAGGCGGAGGAGCAGGACGAGGAGGAGGCCGAGGGGGUGGAGCCGGCGGCCGGGGUGGCCGGGGUGGCGGCCGUGGUGAGCAGCGCUGGUGGGAUCCCGCCUGGCGAGCAGAGCGUCUGAGACAGAAGGCAGCCGAGCUUGAAGUCGUUGAUGAGGAUGAAUGGUGGAACAAGAUGGAACAGAUGAAAAAAGGGGGUGAGCAGGAGAUGAUUAUUAAGAGGAACUACAGUCGUGAGGGGCAACAAACUCUGGCUGAUAUGGCUUCUCAAUUGGGUCUUUACUUCCAUGCAUAUAACGAAGGGAAGACACUUGUUGUCAGCAAAGUUCCGUUGCCAAAUUAUCGGGCAGAUCUUGAUGAGCGUCAUGGAUCAACACAGAAAGAGAUCCGAAUGUCCACAGAGACUGAGAGAAGAGUGGGGAAUCUCUUGGCUAGCUCAAAGGAAGCAGUACAUGCUGAUGACUCAUCUUGUGCAUCAAGUCAAGGAGUGAAACAAUCAUCACCUUCUGUAAAUAUAAUAAAAUCUGAAUCAACAUUGGAUGCUGAUAAGGCCAAGGAGAAAUUUAGUGUUGAACUCAAGAACAGGCAGGAGAAGAUGAAGGCAAGCGAUGGUUCAAAAGCAAUGCAGUCAUUCAGGGAAAAAUUACCAGCAUACAAAGUGAAGGCAGAGUUUUUAACUGCUGUUUCCAAUAAUCAGGUACUAGUAGUUUCGGGAGAGACAGGUUGUGGAAAAACAACACAGCUUCCCCAAUUUAUUCUGGAGGAGGAAAUAUCAUCUCUUCGUGGUGCAGAUUGCAACAUAAUAUGCACUCAACCUCGUCGUAUAUCUGCUAUAUCUGUUUCAGCUCGGAUUUCUUCUGAAAGGGGGGAGGCUCUUGGUGAAACAGUGGGUUAUCAGAUCCGUUUGGAAUCAAAACGCUCAACACAAACACGGCUUCUAUUUUGUACCACUGGAGUGCUACUGCGGCUGUUGGUUCAAGACCCAGAUUUGACUAGUGUUACCCAUUUGCUAGUGGAUGAGAUCCAUGAAAGAGGCAUGAAUGAGGACUUUCUCUUGAUAAUUUUACGUGAUCUUCUUCCUCGGCGCCCAGAUCUACGUCUUAUUCUAAUGAGUGCAACCAUCAACGCUGAUAUGUUCUCCAAAUACUUUGGAAAUGCCCCAACAAUCCAUAUACCGGGAUUGACUUUUCCUGUAACAGACGUGUUUCUAGAAGAUUUACUGGAGAAAACACGUUAUAAUAUCAAAUCAGAGUUUGACAACUUCCAGGGUAAUUCAAGGAGGAGAAGGAGGCAACCAGAAUCAAAGAAAGAUCCUUUGACUGAAUUGUUUGAGGAUGUUGAUAUUGAUUCUCACUACAAGAAGUAUAGCAUGCAUACAAGACAAUCACUUGAAGCUUGGUCUGUUGUACAGCUUGAUUUGGGUCUUGUUGAAUCAACAAUUGAACAUAUUUGUCGCCAUGAAGGUGAUGGAGCUAUUCUUGUUUUCAUGACUGGUUGGGAUGAGAUAUCUAAGCUGUUAGAUAAAAUUAAAGCUAACAGUUUUCUUGGAAAUUCAAGCAAGUUUCUAGUUCUUCCACUGCAUGGUUCAAUGCCUACAAUCAAUCAACGUGAAAUUUUUGACAGGCCACCAAGUAACAUGAGGAAAAUUGUGCUAUCAACAAAUAUUGCAGAGAGUAGUAUCACAAUAGAUGAUGUUGUGUAUGUCAUAGACUGUGGAAAAGCAAAAGAAACCAGUUAUGAUGCUCUAAAUAAGCUGGCUUGUCUCUUGCCAUCUUGGAUAUCAAAAGCUUCUGCACAUCAGAGACGAGGUCGUGCGGGUCGUGUGCAGCCUGGAGUUUGUUAUAAGCUGUACCCUAAGAUAAUCCAUGAAGCAAUGCCCCAGUAUCAAUUGCCAGAGAUUCUUCGAACACCUUUGCAAGAACUGUGCCUCCAUAUCAAAAGUUUGCAACUUGGAACUGUUAGUUCAUUUUUGGCCAAGGCUCUUCAGCCACCAGAUCCUCUUGCUGUUCAAAAUGCAAUUGAUCUUCUCAAAACAAUUGGAGCUCUAGAUGAUAUGGAAGAGCUUUCUCCACUUGGUCGCCAUCUUUGCACCCUACCUCUGGACCCAAAUAUUGGAAAGAUGCUUCUCAUGGGAUCCAUCUUUCAGUGCCUUGGCCCUGCAUUAACAAUAGCUUCUGCCCUUGCCUAUCGUGAUCCAUUUGUUCUUCCAAUAAAUAGAAAGGAGGAAGCUGAUGCUGCAAAAAGAUCCUUUGCUGGUGAUUCUUGUAGUGACCACAUUGCACUUCUCAAAGCAUUUGAAGCAUGGAAGGAUGCAAGAAAUAAAGGAAGAGAAAGGGCAUUCUGUUGGGACAAUUUCUUAUCACCUAUGACCUUACAGAUGAUGGAGGAUAUGAGAAACCAAUUCCUGGAUCUAUUAUCAGAUAUUGGCUUUGUCAAUAAAUCCCUUGGAUCCAAGGCUUACAAUCAAUACAGCGAUGAUCUGGAGAUGGUAUGUGCAAUCUUGUGUGCUGGCCUCUAUCCAAAUGUGGUGCAGUGCAAAAGAAGAGGAAAACGGACAGCAUUCUACACCAAAGAGGUUGGUAAAGUUGGCAUCCAUCCAGCAUCUGUCAAUGCAGGGGUUUACCUAUUCCCACUGCCUUACAUGGUAUACAGCGAGAAAGUAAAAACCACCAGCAUUUACAUCCGAGAUUCGACAAACAUAUCAGAUUAUGCAUUACUUCUCUUUGGAGGCAAUCUCAAUCUUAGUAAAACUGGGGAGGGUAUUGAGAUGCUUGGUGGGUACCUCCAUUUUUCAGCAUCAAAGAGUGUGCUAGAGUUGAUAAAGAAGCUGAAAGGUGAACUCAACAAACUUCUACAGAGAAAGAUCGAGGAACCUGGGCUUAACAUCCAUGCAGAGAGUAAGGGGGUGGUUUCUGCUGCUGUUGAGUUGUUGCAUAGUCGAAUUGUUCGAUACUGAUUUUCUGUUCUACGAUCAUAAGCACACUAAGAAGAAAGAGUGCUAUCAUUUUUUUACCAAAAAUUAACUACCUAGCUUUGUAUCAUUAGUAUUUAUUUCAAGUAGCACUUUUAGUUCGUUUGAGCGGUUACAAUUUUUAUAGAGCUUAGGGGAGAUAUCUAGUGCUCACGGUCAUAGGUUCAUCUAUAUUGCAAAAGAUGACUAGGACAACAAUGAAUAUGUCAAUUUUUUUUGUUUCUGUUAUCGAAUGCUUAAGUUCAGACACAUAGAUUAUGAAUAAAAUGAUCCAAUAUUUUGGCAUUA